GUCAAACCGUGACAACAAUGCGCAUGCGCGGAGUCCAGACGCAUUCGCUGAUACAUAACGCAUUUGGCUUGACUGCUUGAAUAAAACACUGUAGUAUUUGAUAAAGCAGAUUUAUGUUUAAUCUAAUGUCCAAAACCUAACUUUCUUAAACUUCAGGGAACGGAAUCUUGAUAGGAAUCCUGACUCUGGUCGGUUCAGUCGGUUCUUUUGAACAGUUCGCGUCAAGAAUCGGUUCAGCAAACAAAACAAGUCGUUUGGAACCCAAACAUAGUCUACUUAAUACGUAAAUUCAUUUUAUCUCUUGUAUUCAUGAGCAGUUGUUAUGUUUGGGUGGGGAUAAACAAGUCGUAAACAAAUUUGCAGUGUGUUUUAUUAUUUCGUUUUUUUAAAAAAUGCUUCAACUGGUCUAUUGAAAAGUUUCGACUCAAUGGAACGAUUCGUUCACGAUUCAAACAUUGCUAGCGGAAACAGCUGGGAGCAUGUGUGUUGUUGUGGAGUUUCACGCCUUCAAGUAACAUAUGUGCAUGAAAAACAAGGAUGUCCUGCUCUGCUCUCGGUCGACGGCUGGUUGCAUGUCUCCUGAACAUCUCAGAAGCUCGGAGAAGAGACCUGGUUGAGACAGUGGCUAGAUCAGCCAUCACUGACACACAUGGAAACAAGCGUGAAGGCAUCACGGUGCUGAACAUCUUCAAUGAUGUUGACUACAACCGCUCUGUCAUCACUAUUGUUGCAAGCAUUGACCUAAUAAGGGAGGCUGUACUGUCGGCUUGCGAGCGUGCAUGCUCUCUGAUUGACAUGAAUGUCCAUGAGGGCAUCCACCCAUGCAUGGGUGCAGUGGAUCUGGUGCCUCUCUAUCCACUGGGGGAGGAGGUGGGCCUUGACGAUUGUGGGAAAGAGGCCCAUGCAUUAGCCACGGCUCUAACGGAACAAGUCACAGGUACCAGUGCCUUUUUGUUUGGCUGGGCAGAUUCUCAGCGCCGAGGUUUGGCUAAGAGGAGAAAGGAGAUUGGCUGGUUCAAAAAGGUCUUGGAUAUGUCAACCAUCAAGCCAGAUGUAGGUCCACAGCCUACAAGGAGAUAUGGCGUUACAGGUGUUGGAGCCAGCCCCUAUGUCAUGAACUGUAACGUGACCAUCGAUACCCGGGAUCUUGCCUUGGGCCGAAUUGUGGCUUCAGCGAUCCGUGAAUCCAGUCCUGGCGGUAUUCCUGGAGUUCAGGUCAUGGCUCUACCACAUGAAGGUGAUGUGGAGAUUGCUUGCAAUGUGGAGAGUGUUCAGGGUGGUCCUCCGUUGUCUUCAUCUAAUGGUGAGGAAAAAUGGCCAAGCUUCACCAUUGGAGGACAAAUCUUCUGCCAUGCUCCAGCCUCACUGAUCACAGCACGAGUAGCAGAACUGUCUAGACACCAUGGAGUGGGCAUCAAGGGUACAGCCCUAGUGGGCUUUACCCCACGUGAGUGUCAGAGACUGGCAGAGAGAGCACUCUCAAAUGGCACUGGAGAGUUCUGGAAAGAGCUGCAUCGUGUGCACAUGUGAAGAAGACAAAAUCUUUCACCACUGCGCUAAAUCUUAAACUAAUCAAUGGUUAAUUAGAGAGCUAUGGAAGCCUGUUUCCACCACUGAAUAAAAAAGAAUGGUCAGACUUGUGCAAUAUAAACUCGCAAUUGCGAGUUAUAAAGUCAAAAUUGUGCGAUAUAAACUUGCGAGUUAAGUCAGAUUUGCUAGACACUAACUCACAAUUCGGAGAAAUAAACUUGCAAUUCUGAGAAAUAAAAUCAGAAAUGCGACAAACGUAAAAUUCUGAUUUUUUUCUCAGAAUUGCGAUUUGUUUCUUGUAAUUGUGACAGAAUUGUGAGAGAUAAAUUUGCAAUUCUGAGAACAUAUCAGUCUUUUUUCCCCUCAAAAUUGGACUUUAUAACUCAUAAUUGCAAGUUCGUAUCUCAGUUAUGAGGAAAAGUCAGAAGUGUGAGAUAUAAACUCGCAAUUGUGAAAAAGUCUGAAUUGUGAGACAAACUCACAAAUGCGAAAAUAAAAAGAAUUGUGGCUUUAAUUAAUUUUGUUUUGUUAAUUUUUAUUAUUUAAUUCUUUCAAUUUUAAUUCUGACUUUAUUUCUCGCAAUUGUGAGUUUGUCACGCGAUUCUGAUUAGUCAGAAUUGUGACUUCUGACUUGAAUUGCAAAAUCUCAAAUUAUGAGAAAAAAAAAGUCAGAAUUGGGAGAGAAAAAGUUGCAAUAACCUUUUAAAUUUUUUAUUCAGUGGUGGAAACAAGCUCUAUAGAGAGCAUUGGUUGACCCAUCAACAACUUAACUGUUUGUUUACAAGUGCAGUGAACAGUGCUUAAAGGGAUAUUUCAGCCAAAAGUAACAAAUCUGUCAUAAUUUACUCACCCUUAUGUCACUCCAACACCUGUAUGUCUUUUUGUCCUUCUGUGGAACACAAAAAAGAAUUUUAUUCACACUAAGGCAUUUUUUAAACAUCUCCUUUAGCAUUCUACAGAAUAAAGUAAUGUAGGUUUGGAACGGCAUGAGGGUGAGUAAGUGAUGACAGAAUUCUCAUUCCGUUGUUUCAUUUAGUAUUAAUUUUGUUACAAUGUUAUUUUCAACUUUAAACUCAUCUAAAAAAAAAACACCUGAUUAAUAAUAAUCCAUCUCAGACAUAUUUUUGUGUCAGUUUAAGUUUUGAUGGAAAAGUCUACAUUCUGAGAAUAAUUGUUUUGAUCAAAUAGGACAAACAUACUCAAGCUUGAAAUAAUUAUAUCGAGUUCCUUAAAAUGGGAAUAUGUAAUUACUUGCUCAGGACAUAUUUGUAAUUGCUGCUUUUGAAGCAGUUCUGUGCAAAAGGUAGUUUCAUGAAUGUAAAGGUUUUAAUGGCAUAAUAUGGGUUCAUUUAUCCUCGCUAGUACGUCACACGAUGUUCUGCUCAUAGAGGUAUAUAAUUAUACAAAGGGUAAUUAGGCCAGAGCAGUUUGACCACCCCUUGAUGAGCUCAUUUACAGAGUUAUGGAUGUCAGAUCUGGGACAUUCAGGUGAUUUACUACUUGAGAGAGGAAGGGAGGAACCCUCUCCUAUUGCUAACAUACUAGAUUACACUACAAAAAUGCAUUGAAAGAAUAUCAGGGCUAGCAAGUACAGACAGCAACAGAAACACUAAUUUUACAAGCUGUUGAGAUUGAAAUCACUGACAUUUUUCAGAGGAACAAGAAUUCUGAUAAACAAGUUUGUGCUUGACUGAACUGAUCAGAAAAACUAAGUAUGGCAUUCCUGACAUAUGUAUACAUUCAUCUGGAAGAGGACUAUGGUAGUCAACAUUUGAAUUAGAUCAAAACCUUUCAUUAAAUUUGUCCUAAAACCAAAAAUAAUACCUGUUCUUAUCGUUUUUUGAUCCACUUCAAAUGUUGACUACUGUAUAUUGUCAAACAGAGACAAUCUUAUGCAUAAAGACUCUUAAAUUAAAUGUAAUGUGGUGCUUUAAACAUAAUAUUUUUAAUCUUUAAACAUUUUACUUGUGCUUAGUGUUGUCAAAGAGUCUGUGUCUAGAUGGCAGUAACCACUAAUUAUAUACACUUCCUCUAAGUUUAGGCAAUCCACUUUUGGCACAGAUUAAAAUAAAAAUGGGACACUACGCAGUUGCAAAGCUAUUACUGAAGCCACAGUUGUGACUUUCAGAAGUUGGGCUGCUAUGACCAGUUUUAUAUGAUAAUGAUAUAGCUUCUUAUAUAAGAUCACAACACUAUACAUCACAGUUGUAUAGCAUGUAAUCUAUGCUAUUGUGCACUGAUGUUAAAGUUCAGGAUGUUUCAAGCACACCCCCACACAGACAGAAAACAGUGCAUACUUGAGCCAUUUUCACAAACAGGAAACACAAAAUUUAACAUUCAUGAAAGAAACUAACACCAAAUGAUGGAGUGCAUUUUACACUCAAAUAAUCCAGCUGUAAAACCCUGACUCAUAUUUUAAUAGUGCUUGCAAACCACAAACACAACAACUGGCAAAAGAAAAAAGCUAUUAAAAUAUUAACUAUUCGUUUCCAUAUUAGACCAUAUCUUAAUACAGUCAUAUAUUGCACAAUCCAUAUUCAAGGAAACUGAUCUGGGUCCUGCAUUAGCACUGGAAAUAUAAAAACACACAGAAAAAUACGUUACCUGGCAAAAUCAGUGGAUAAAAUAAAAAAAAAAGUUGAGUGCCAGGCCACAAACUGGGAAAACUUUCAAAUCACCAAAGGGUCUAA